GUUUAAUAUAGUAUUUCAUGAUGACAGUGUGUGAUAUAUCUGUAGUUUUGGGUGCUGGGUUAUUAUCUUGUCCUAGUGAGUGUCCCUAUUGGUCUCAGAGUGCUGUAUGGAAGGGUGUUGGUGUUUGUACUACUAAGGAUCGCUGUAGUGUCUAUAACCCGUUACUAUCAUAUGCUGACGAGCGUACUAAGGUGUGUCUACCUUGUUCUGUGUAUGGUUGUUCUUCUUGUACUUAUUCCAAUUCGGUUGCAUUCACAGAUUCUGAUUCCUUGGUUUUACCGGAUAUUUGUUUGAGGUGUGCUCCUGGUUAUCGUAUGCAAGAUGGUGGUAAUGGUUGUUACCUCGUUGAGAGUUCGUUAUGGUCUCGUUCAUUUUAUGCUAUCGUUGCUGCUGUCUUAGUAUGUUUACUUGGUCUUGCUCUUCGUAUGGCAUUACGUCCAUCUCAGUUAGAGGCUAACAUUCGUCGUUAUCGUGAUGCUCUGAAGUCUCAAAAGAUUGGCAAUUGGUCUGAUUCUUUAGCUUCUGGAUUCUUUCGGUCACUGAUCGAUCUUUGUUCCGUUGACGUAUCUGGUGUUGGCGUGAUACUAUAUUUCCGUUUUUUAGUUUUUAUGGGCGGUAUUAUAUUCUUCAUGCUUGUUAUGACGAUUGCUCACGCCCACAUACCAUGUUCUGAUAUGAUUCGUUCUUUUAGUGCACCUUUUAGUUUGGACAAGCCUGGUGAGAUGCUGGAGGCUCGCUCAUGGUUAGACCUGUUUAAGCCAAAGGGCUAUUUGGGACUAAAGGACCACUUACGUAACUUCAAGUACGUUGAUGACGCCAUUGAGUGGAGUGUAGGUCAGUAUGCUGACGACACAGCUCGUGUGAUGCGUGUGCUUUAUCUUUGUGUUAUGGGUUCAACUAUAGUAUUUGCUAUAUAUCAGCGUGACUUUCUAAAGGAAUACUUCCGUGAGCACGUUCGUACUCAGUAUUUUACUUUAAUGCUAGAUCGUGUACCUCCGUUACAUUCCUUGGAGGAAUUUGUUCACGGUGCUACUGGUGUCCGUCCCAAGUCAGUUGCUGUUGUUUAUGACCUUGGCGAUCUUCCUGAGGGCAUGGACAAGUUACUAGACGGCUUGGAAGAGGAGGGCGGCAGCGGUGGCGUAUAUGUUAACCUUGAUAUGUCAGAUCAACAUCGCUUGUUAUUGCGUGACUUGCAGCCUAGCGGAUCAGCCUUUGCUGUAUUUAACUCCCGUCAGGAUAUGCACCGUGCGAUGAAGACCUUGGAGCAUAAUGGCAUUUGCGAUUCCCGGAUAUGUGAGAUAGAGCCUGAGGAUGUGAUGUGGUUUAACCUUCAUGGUCCAGAGCUUCAGUUUGGCCACAGUCUUGGGGUGACAUUCUGUAUCUGCUUAGCUCAAUUAUUAUGGACCUUUGUCUUCUUUUUACCUUAUGCUGCUUAUAAGUUACAUUCUGAUUCUACUGAUUUUUUUGAAUGUCUUUGGUUAUCUUGGUUUGCUUCUAUUGGCAAUUCAUUGGUUGGUACUGCUAUUCAGGUUGGUACUUCCAGGAUAUCAUUUGUCAAUCGUGAGCAUUCUGAAUCCUACUUAAUGUGGAUCUCCGCAUUUAUGCAGUUGAUCAAUGUAGGUUGCAACUUGUUAUUGGCCCAUUUGGUUAACUACGGUGGUCGUUACAAGGUAGUAUCUAUGGUUAAGGACUACCUCCUUUACAUGCGUACUCCUACAUUUCGUGUUGGUGAGGAGGUUUCUAUAUCCCAAAGUCUCAAUUCCUUUAUGAAAGGCGUUUUGCUAUCGAUACCACUGAUGACUUUUCUAUGUAUCUAUUAUGCCAUGCCUAUAUUAAAGUUGUUAUUCCUACUAUCUGCUGACCUUGGCGAGACUGAAACUAGUCGUCUGGUUCGUGGUUCUAAAUUUACUUUACCUGAUCGUUACUGUACCUCUAUUGUGUAUCUAACAUCUUGUUUAUUAUUACAAUUUGUUAUAGAGAGCAAGUUACAGGCUGUUACCUUAUCAUUAUGUUUAUUGGCUUCUUGUAUUUUGCACUAUGUUACUGAUGGUUACUUGUUAUUUUACAAGUGCAGGUCAACUCGCAUUUCAGGUUUCGGUUCAUUUUACAAUGCUUUGCUUCUUUGGUCGUUACCUACGGGUUUACUUGCUAUAUGCCCCUCUUAUUGGCGUUGGCGUGCUGCUAAUGGUCGUUUAUCUACUAUUAUCAUUAUUUUCUGUGCUCACAUGUUAUUUUACCAUUGCUUUAUGCGUCAUGCUUAUGGUAAACGUUGGCGUUUUGACGUUUCUGAGCAUAACACUUCAAAUUCAGAUUACACUAUGGGUAAUCCUGUGUACACUCUUCGUCGAUUGGUUCCAUCUUAGUUACCGAAAAUGGUAAUUUAUGGCCCUACC